AAUGGCUUCAGCAUUCCGCAUCUCUCUGAAACCAAAGGUCAGUGAUAGUAUGACUCAUCUGAUGGUGGACUUCGCUCUGGAAAGGCGCAUGCUCCAGGCAGUAAAGUUUUUGCCAGUCCCUAAAGCUCCAGAGAUAGAUCUAGCAGCAUGUCUGGUUGCUGAUAACUGCAUAACAGUAUCGUGGAGAAUGCCUGAAGAAGACAGCAGAAUUGAUCAUUUUGUGCUUGAGUAUAGGAAAACCAACUUUGAUGGGCUUCCUCGAGUGAAAGAUGAACAGCAUUGGGAACUGAUAGACUAUAUUAAAGCUACUGAAUAUACAUUAUCAGGUCUGAAAUUUGAUACAAAAUACAUGAACCUUAGGGUACAAGCUUGCAACAAAGCUGUAGCAGGGGAAUACUCUGAUCCCGUGACUCUGGAAACCAAAG